CAACCACAGAACACGCACACGCACACAAGUACAGCAUCAGUGCGCCAUGGCCGCCGUCGCCGCGCUCUCUGCCGUCUUGGUCCUCCUCGUAACCGCCGUCCCCGGCGCCCAGGCCACGGCGUCGCCAUCGACACCAAAGACUACUCACAUCAAGCUUCUCUGGCACGAGGUGGUGAGCGGCCGGCACCCGACGGCGAUCCAGGUGGCGGGCGCCGCGACCACGAAUUCCUCCAAGUCCUUCUUCGGCGCCGUCUACGUCACGGACGACCUGCUCACCACCACGGACAAGGUGCCCGGGGGGCGGUCGCAGGGCACGUACGCCAGCGCCAGCAAAGACGCCUUCGCGCUGCUCAUGGCCAUGAACUUCGUCUUCACGGCCGGGGAGUACAACGGGAGCAGCAUCGCCAUCUUCGGCCGCAACGAAGUGCAGGCCGGCGUCAGGGAGAUGCCGAUCGUCGGCGGCACCGGGGUGUUUCGGUGGGCUCGUGGGUACGCGCUGGCCAGCACGCGCAAGUUCAACCUCAAGACUGGGGAUGCCGACGUCGAGUACAACCUCUUCAUCAGACAUGAAUAACUAGCUACAAAGCUAGCUGCCUGCAAUGCAAUGCAAGCAUAUGAUUGCGCUCACUGGUUGGUGAUCACGGCCAGCGUUGAUUGCUGUUUAAGAAUAAGAGUGAGUUUUACUCGCUCACUGUGUAUCUUAAUCAUUCAUGUCGUGUUGUUUGCUGUUGUGUUCAUCGCGCACACGGAGGAGAGAAGAUUUGUUGAUUGACUUUUUUACUUUAUGUUUGUGUAAUCGCAGUCGAUUGAUUGCUGUGUGUUGGGUUUGGAUUUUGGACCAAUAUGAAAUUCUGUUAUAUUCUGGAUAA